AUGGCAUCCCGAUCCAUCUCCAAGCUCAUCACGCCUACAGCAGCGAGGGUACUCCGCCCAGCUUCAGCGUCCAUCAGUACCUCGUCCACCGCCGCGGCGGCCAGCUCAGUCGCGAGGCUCACAGGGAGGAAUGCGUUGAUUUCGACCCCGAUGGCGAGGGUUGGGAGGGCGGAGCCGAGGUUUUUGGUGGGUGAGGGAGGGAGGCGGGCGGCUAGUACGGAAGAGGGGGGUGGAAGUAUGACCGUUCGUGAGGCCCUCAACCUCGCCAUGGAGGAAGAAAUGAUCAGGGACGAGACUGUUUUCGUCAUUGGAGAGGAAGUCGCACGGUACAAUGGUGCUUACAAGAUCACGAAGGGCUUGCUGGAUAAAUUCGGAGAGGACCGAGUGAUCGACACACCUAUCACUGAGUCGGGUUUCGCAGGCAUGGCUGUCGGUGCGGCCCUUGCUGGUCUUCGUCCAGUGUGCGAGUUCAUGACCUGGAACUUUGCCAUGCAAGCCAUCGACCAAAUAGUCAACUCGGGCGGAAAAACCUACUACAUGUCGGGCGGAAAUGUUCCCUGCCCCGUCGUCUUUCGGGGCCCGAACGGCGCCGCCGCCGGUGUCGCCGCACAGCACUCGCAGGACUAUUGCGCGUGGUACGGCUCCAUCCCCGGUCUGAAGGUUAUCAGUCCGUGGUCGGCUGCGGACUGCAAGGGGCUGUUGAAGGCGGCGAUUCGGGAUCCUAACCCUGUCUGUUUCCUCGAAAACGAACUCCUCUACGGUGUUUCCUUCCCGAUGACCAAGGAAGAAAUGUCGGCCGACUUCCUCUUGCCGAUCGGGAAAGCAAAGGUCGAAAAGGAAGGGACGGACGUGACGGUCGUGGCGCACAGUAAGAUGGUGACGCACAGUUUGGAGGCGGCCGAGAUUUUGGAGAAGGAGCAGGGGAUCAAGGUGGAGGUUAUCAACUUGCGCUCUAUCCGACCCCUCGACAUCGACACCAUCAUCAGGUCCGUCAAGAAGACUGGCCACCUCGUGACCGUCGAGGGUGGAUUCCCAGCAUUCGGUGUCGGAUCGGAAAUCAUUGCCCAGAUUUGCGAAUCCCCCGCGUUUGAUUUCCUCGAUGCCCCGCCAGAGAGGAUCACGGGUGCGGAUGUGCCUACGCCUUACGCAGAGUCACUCGAGACGAUGGCGUUCCCUGAUACUUCCAUCAUCACCAAAGUCCUCAAGCGACACUUGUACCGUCAAUAG